CCAAAUCGCAUCGUCAUCCUACACGCGAACCACGCCUCCGACCCGAUUCACCAGUAGCGAGUCCCUCUCCGGGCAGGCAGCAGCGGAGGCGACAGAUGGGGGCGACGGGCGACGCGGAGGACGCGGCGGCGGGGUGCCGCGCGCGGGCGGCGCUGCUGGGCGCGUACGAGCUGGGGCGCACGCUCGGGGAAGGCAACUUCGGCAAGGUGAAGCAGGCGCGCAACCGCGCCACCGGGGAGCACUUCGCCGUGAAGAUCCUGGACCGCGGCAGGGUGCUCUCCCUCCGCGGCGCCGACGACCAGGUCCGCAGGGAGAUCGCCACGCUCACCAUGCUCGCGCACCCCAACGUCGUCCGCCUCCACGAGGUUGCUGCUAGCAAAACAAAGAUCUAUAUGGUGCUUGAGUUUGUCAACGGAGGCGAACUUUUUGACAGGAUUGCAAUAAAGAGAAAACUAUCUGAACGAGAAGGAAGGAGGCUUUUUCAGCAGCUAAUUGAUGGUGUGAGCUAUUGCCAUGGAAAGGGUGUCUACCACAGAGACCUCAAGCCUGAAAAUGUUCUUAUUGAUCGGAAAGGCAACAUCAAGAUAUCUGAUUUUGGUCUAAGUGCUUUACCACAACAUCUUGGGGUAUGGCAGAAAAAAAUAUCACACGAUUUUCUUGUAUUGAUCAUUUUUAUUAAUAUUUUUUGCGAGGAUAUUUUCAUUUUAUUGAAUUUAAUAUCAGCAACUUUUCAGAAUGAUGGAUUGCUGCAUACAACCUGUGGUAGCCCCAACUAUAUUGCUCCUGAGGUUCUGCAGAACAGAGGUUACGACGGAUCAUUGUCGGAUAUCUGGUCUUGUGGAGUAAUUCUUUACAUAAUGCUCGUAGGACACCUUCCGUUUGUUGACCGAAAUAUGGUUGUUCUUUAUCAGAAGAUUUUCAAGGGUGACACUCAGAUCCCGGAGUGGCUUUCACCUGGUGCACAAAACCUUCUUCGUCGAAUUCUUGAACCAAAUCCGAUGAAGAGGAUUAACAUGGCAGAGAUCAAAAUACACGAAUGGUUUCAGAAGGACUAUAUUCCUGCUGCUCCAUAUGAUGACGAUGAUGAAGAUGUACGGCUUGGUGCAAUUCUACCUAUCAAACAGCAAAUUAGUGAAGCACCCGGCGACAAGAGUACUCAUCAGAUGAACGCUUUUCAGCUGAUCGGAAUGUCAUCUUCCCUCGAUCUUUCAGGUUUAUUUGAGGAAGAGGGAGUGUCCCAGAGAAAGAUCAGGUUCACAUCAGCACAUCCACCGAAGGAUUUGUUCGACAAGAUUGAAGUGUCCGCGACGCAGUCGGGGUUCCAUGUUCAGAGAGCACAUAGCAAGCUCAAAAUAACGGGCAAUUGCAAUGGACCGAACAACCCCACACCAUUCUUAGUCUGUGCCGAGGUGUUUGAGCUUGGCCCCUCUCUGCAUGUUGUAGAGCUUAGGAAGUCUCAUGGUGACACUGCAGUGUACAGACAGCUCUGUGAUAGGAUCUCGAGUGACCUGGGAAUUGACAAGAUUUUUGGGAUGGGUUCGCUCUUCGACGACAACCUCCCGAGCUUCGACAGCAGAGCCGCGACACCACUGGUUGCCUUGUGAUGAGUGCUGUGCUGUAGAUACCCCAACUGACAUGUAGGACGCUAGGAUCAUAGCUGUUUAUUGAUUGGAAAUGAUGAUGAUGGUCGUAAGGAUUAGGAUCUCACAGUGUACAGAACUACAUACAGAUAGUCGAGUGGUGAAACUGACUAUCAAGGCCAUCAUCCUCAGCUGAAGGGGUGUGAUAGCGGCUCAAAAAUGGUUCAGCGAUGUAAUAAUUUUUUGCGUGAAAAGGCCAAAGGCCUUAUAUUAAAGUCGACCAACCUUUACAAGGAUAUCUUUACAUAAA